CAAACCGGGAGGCGUGACCUUUGCCGCUGGGAUUCACAGUUGACAUUGGAUGAGACCCCUCCGUUCCAUCCCCCACGCCGCCGCUAGCUGCAGGUCACCGGCCGCCGGAGACCCGUCGUCGCCGAUGACCACCCCCGGCGCGGCCACGCCCCCACGCUUCAAGCGAACCUCCCCCAGGAAGAAACUGCAGCCCCACAGCCGCCGCCUCGCCAUUAACGUUGCCGCCGGAGAGGCCGAGGCUGCGCGGGCGUCCGUGGCGGCCAGGGCCACGCCAUUGCUCCCCGCAACGCUGGUGGUGCCCGCGCAGUCGCUUGGAAGUAUUCCGUUGCCUCGCGAGUUCUUCGAGGUGGACGCGCUCGACCUCGCCCCACGCCUCCUCGGCAAGCUCCUGCGCCGCGACCAAGUCGUCCUCCGCAUCACCGAGGUGGAGGCUUACAGGCCAAACGAUUCCGCGUGCCAUGGCCGAUUCGGCGCCACGGCAAGAACUGCUCCCAUGUUUGGACCAGGAGGGCAUGCAUAUGUGUACCUAUGCUAUGGGCUCCACAUGAUGCUCAAUGUUGUUGCCGACAAAGAGGGUGUCGGGGCUGCUGUUUUGAUCCGAUCAUGUGCUCCAGUUAGCGGACUAGAUAUCAUUCAGCAGCGUCGAGGCCAACAAACCGAGAAACCAAUCCUACUUACAGGACCAGGAAAGGUCGGCCAAGCUCUGGGGCUUUCCACUGAUUGGUCGAACCAUCCACUAUAUACCCCCGGUGGAUUGGAAGUACUGGAUGGGCCAGAACCAGAGAACAUUUUAGUUGGCCCCCGUGUCGGCAUCGACUACGCAUCAUCCGAGCAUGUCACAGCGCCGUGGAGGUUCGCGAUCGCGGGCACUCCGUGGAUCAGUGCUCCAAAAAACACUCUCAGGCCGCGGUGAAGAACUGGAUGUGAGGAGAAGG